AUGCCAGCAUUAACCUUUCUUAUCGGUACGGGUAUCAGAGCCGGGAUAGGGAUUAUCAAAUCUGGCGUCCAAGCUCAUAAGGAUUUCAACAACCCCGAUGGACCUCAAGUAAGGUAUGAUAAAAAGGGUAGGGUCAAAGAGCCUGGUGCGGUAUAUGGGUUGUUCAUGAAAGCUGAGCACAAACUGUCGAAUAAGGGGAAAGGGAAAGAGGAAGGACAAACAGAUGAUGAACCUGUUGCUUCGGGAAGCACACAAUCCAUCCCUACUUCCGACAACAAUGUCACUCCCGGACCCCAACCUCGAUUCAAUAAAUCCGACUCCCUGAGGGACGAUUACGGUUCUCAAUCCAACGCUGUAGAAACCAAUCGAGACCUCACACCUCAGCCUGGCGAAGCACCACCUUCAUACGGCGAAGUCAUGUAUCUACCACCUUCCAACCCUCCCCCCAAUCCCCGCUCCAGCUCUGCAAUGGCAAUGCCAAAGGAAAAGUCUCGUACCCUUCAACCUAAUGCAACCAAUGCGAGUGAAGGAAGCACAUCCAUUCGACCUCCUAACAAUCGUAGAGGAUCAAGCUCCGAUUCAGACUCUGGUAAUUCUUCAGAAGAGAUGAGGAACGAUCCUAUGGCCAGAGGUUUGAGUAAACAUGAUUAUCGUCGUUUACGUAGGGAUUUGAAGAUGCAGAGGAAGAUGAUGGGAAGAGAUGAGAGAAGAGCGAAUAAGAGGGAGAUAAAAGCUAGAAGAGCUCAGAUGAAGGCUGAUAGAGCUUUUGGACGAGCGCAAGGGUUGUGA